AUGGUCGCCCAAGGUUCUUUGCCUUCCUAUGACAGGCCACCCUCUCCCGGUUUGCUGUCAAAUGUAUCGAAGCGCUUGAAUACGACUGCUGAGCUGUUGAUUACUCGCUCUGAAAACGGAAGUCUUAGCGUCGGUAUCAACUUGAAUUUGUCAGCUCGGGACCUUGGCGUACGAGAUCUUCCCGAAAUCGAGCUUCAGCAGGAUCUGUCGUCGCUUGUGGCUGAUUCGCCUUUCGAAAGAGUGCUAUCUCGCAAAGUGGAUUGA